UUGGCUCCGCUCUAUUAGUUUGACAUCCAUAAAUGCAAAACAAAAUUUUAAGUGUUCUAGAAUAAUACAUAGCAAAAUUUAUCUGUCAUGACAGUCUCAAAUACAGUGGACCAGUACACAAUCAUGUCGGGAGAUCGCUCCAAAAUCAAAGAUCUGCUCUGUAACCGCCUAACCGAGUGCGGUUGGCGAGAUGAAGUACGUUUGCUCUGUCGAAAUAUACUCGUGGAGAAGAACGGCAACAACAGCCUCAGCGUGGAACAACUUAUAGCGGAGGUAACGCCAAAGGCACGGAUGUUGGUGCCCGAUGCAGUCAAGAAGGAACUGCUGAUGAAGAUACGCACCAUACUGGCAGAGAACGAGGGGGACAACUAAAUGCU